UAGCGUAACGUCACUUCCGCCAUGUGACUCGUGACGUCCGCCCGCCCGCCCGCACCGGAGCCCCGCAGCCGCAGCCGCCGCCGCCGCCGCAGCAGCAGCAGCAGCAGGACGAGAGCUGCCGUGCCCGAGUGUCAUCUCUCCAGGAGGAGAUCCCGAAAAGCCGGAGCAGUAGUAGAGAAGCACCCCGCCCCCCCCCCACCCCCCCAGCCUCUACAUUCACGCGCACAGCCAUGGCAGACAACGCCGGCUUGGAAAACCACCGCAUCAAGAGCUUUAAGAACAAGGGGCGCGAUGUCGAGACUAUGCGAAGGCAUCGGAACGAGGUGACGGUGGAAUUGAGAAAGAACAAACGGGACGAACACCUACUGAAGAAGAGAAACGUCCCGCAGGAGGAGAGUCUGGAGGACUCUGACGUCGACUCCGACUUCAAAGGGCAAAAUGUUACACUUGAUGCCAUCCUACAGAACGCCACCAGCGACAACGCAGUCAUCCAGCUCAGUGCUGUGCAGGCGGCCAGGAAAUUGCUCUCCAGCGACAGAAACCCCCCUAUUGACGACUUGAUAAAGUCUGGCAUUCUGCCUAUUUUAGUCAAUUGCCUGGAAAGAGACGACAACCCCUCUCUCCAGUUUGAGGCAGCCUGGGCUCUGACCAACAUUGCUUCUGGGACCUCGGUACAGACUCAAGCUGUGGUUAAAUCCAAUGCAGUGCCCCUGUUCUUGCGACUCCUCCGCUCUCCUCAUCAGAACGUAUGUGAACAAGCCGUUUGGGCUCUGGGAAACAUUAUAGGUGACGGACCACAGUGCAGAGACUACGUCAUCUCCCUCGGCGUGGUCAAGCCGCUACUAUCCUUCAUCGACCCCUCCGUCCCGAUCACCUUCCUGCGCAACGUCACGUGGGUCAUCGUCAACCUCUGUCGCAAUAAGGACCCGCCCCCGCCCAUGGAGACGGUGCAAGAGAUUUUACCUGCCCUCUGCGUUCUCAUACAUCACACGGAUAUAAAUAUCCUCGUCGACACCGUGUGGGCUUUGUCCUACCUGACGGACGGUGGCAACGAGCAGAUCCAGAUGGUCAUUGACUCUGGUGUGGUUCCGCUUCUCGUGCCUCUUCUCAGCCACCAGGAAGUGAAAGUGCAGACGGCAGCUCUGCGUGCAGUGGGAAACAUCGUGACCGGCACUGACGAACAGACGCAAGUUGUUCUCAACUGCGAUGUCCUCAGAUACUUCCCCAACUUGCUGACGCACCCUAAGGAAAAGAUCAAUAAGGAAGCAGUGUGGUUCCUGUCCAACAUUACAGCCGGGAACCAGCAGCAGGUCCAAGCUGUGAUCGAUGCUGGACUCAUCCCCAUGAUCAUUCACCAACUGGCUAAGGGCGACUUUGGCACUCAGAAGGAGGCGGCGUGGGCCAUCAGCAAUCUCACCAUCAGUGGAAGAAAAGACCAGGUGGAGUACCUGGUGGAGAAAAACGUCAUCCCGCCCUUCUGCAACCUGAUGCUGGUGAAGGACCCCCAGGUGGUGCAGGUGGUCCUGGACGGCCUCAAGAACAUCCUCAUCAUGGCGGGCGACGAAGCCAGCACCAUCGCCGAGAUCAUCGAGGAGUGCGGCGGUUUGGAGAAGAUCGAGAACUUGCAGCAGCAUGAAAAUGAAGACAUCUACAAACUGGCCUUUGAGAUUAUCGAUCAGUACUUUUCAGGAGAUGAUAUCGAUGAAGAUUCCAGCUUGAUCCCGGAAAGCACUCAAGGAGGAACCUUCAACUUCGACCCCGCUUCCAACAUGCAAACAAAGGAGUUUAAUUUCUGAGAAGAAACAGCAAAAGCCAGGAUGUUUGCGUCAGCCAGCUGCACGGGUACUCUGUAAUGUCCACUCCCCCCCCCCCCCCCCCACAGUGACAUUCUUCCAUCGCUCCUCCAAUCUGGCAACCUGAUUUGGAAGGAUUGACUUCACUAUGGAUCGUCGCGGUCACUACUGAGGGAUUUUACGGCCCCCGCCACCACAUCUGCACUGUGGGGGGGUGCUUUUUGUUUGGUUUGCUUUUUGUUUUGAUUUUUUUUUUUAUUUUUUAAACAGUCACCCCUCGCCACCAUCUGGCAACCCGCACCCACAGCAAAGGAUUUUUUGCUUCGACAUAUCACACAAAAGCGGAAAACGUGAAGGACGCGUCGGCGUCGGCGGCAACGUUUCAUUGCUGAAGUGUUCCCGAGCACACUUUGUUUGGUAGUCUCCCGCACCGACACACACACUCAGAUACACAAACAUACGCGUUUGAACGAUUAGUGUGCAUACUUCUGACGGAAGCCUUCAUAUCACGACUGGGAGAAAUACUGCUGUUUCUGUUUUCCACUCGUUUUUGUGCCCUCCUUCCCUUGCUCACGCAAAUACACUUUUGGCACACAAACGCACCCACCCGUAGGGUCGCACAGGUUCCUGCAAGCCCCCCCCCGUCCCCCGCCCGCAACCCCCCUCCGGCUAACCCUCUUUCACCCAUUGCAGAGCUAAGCCAUGAUUAACCGUGGACAGACCCCCUUGACCCCCCCACACAGACGCACCCCCUCCCCACUCCUCUGAGGGUGAAAGGGCUCCUACGGUGGCAGGCAGACGCGACAGGACUUCAUGUCACUUUUUUUUUUUUUUUUUUAAUGUGACUUUAAUUUAAUUAUGCCCAUCCACCACCCCCCCCCCAAAAAAAAAAAAAAAGUGAAGUAGCUGCCAUCGUUUUUAAUUCUUGUUUCAAAACGAACUCAGCAGAGUAAAAAAAGAGGUUAUUGAGAACUGCAAGGGACUUCCUGUGUCCACUGUAGCGCUCGCGCCCCCCCCCCCCUCCAAGGACCUACUGUACGUCCUGGUUGCUCGUGACUCCCCUGUAAUGUGAAGCUUACAAAUCAGUGGUGGUGGGGGCCGAGGCGCUUAUAUCAAAAGGAGAAAAAAAAAAAGACGUGAAUUGAAUCUGAUUGGGAUUUUUUUCUUUCUUUUUUUUUUUUUUUUUUUUAAAUGAUUUGUUUUGAUGUUGAAAGGUUUUCCCUUUUUCUUCAGUUUGAGUUCAUGAUGAGCUUUCUUCCGCUCGGAGCUUCCAAUGCGCUUUUUGGACGUUCGCCACGUUUUAGUCUUAUGAGCGUGUCGGAGUUGUGAGGACCACGCUGAAAAAAGGGAAAAAAAAAACAUUCGGGUCACGAGACGAAGGUGGUGUGUUGAGAGGAAAAAAAGUCAAAAUUACAGAAGAAGAGUAAAUAUCAGAACUUUCUGUGGAAAAAGUUGUACACAUUUUGUAGUGGUAUUUCCCCCCCCCCCUCAGUUUUUUCCUAGUAAAAUUAUGUCCUUGUUCUCAAAAUUCUGACUUUCUAAUGGCUUUAGCAUGACAGCUUUUAUCCCCCCCCCCCUUGCACAAUUACAACAGUUUUGACAAAAAAUAAUUUCUAAGCAAAAUUCAAAGCCGCAAGUAAUACUCGUGUAAUGACGACUUUUUAUGACUGUAUUACCGGUCUAUUAACAUCCCGACUUAAUAAAAUUAUGAGAAAGUAAAGCCCCUGAGGUAAUGAUAAUAAGGUGAGAAGGAAGUUGUAAUGUUACACGAAUGCAGUCUGAAUGUUAUGCUGAAAAGGUCCAAACUUUUUGUGAUAUUACAGCUUUUCCUAUUAAAAUUAUGUAUUCAGUUAAUAUGAAAAUUAGGACUUUUUUCUUGUAAUAGCACUAAUAAUCAGAUAUUGCGUCUUAGCAGGAAAAAGUUAUCACAAGAGGAAUGCGGCAGUAUUCUGUUGGGGGGUGUGUGAGUUAUAAUGUUAUAAAAAAAUGCUAUCUGGUGAAAAUAAAUAUUCAUAAUUGUAAGUUGAAGGUUUUCGAGGUAAAAAACUCACUUCUGUCCUAAUACUGCAGCUGUUUUCCUUUUUUUUUCCACAUUCCGUUAUGUGAAUAAAGUUGCAAUGUUCGAGGGGGGGGGGGGGCGUUACCAGUCAAAAGUCUGAAUGUAACAUUAAGUGAGAAAAGGCAGAUGUGAGGGAAAAAAUGUCUGGGUGGAGGCUGAUUUUUGUUGCAAGAAAAAGUCCUGAUAUAGUAAUAUUACAAAAAUAUUUGGAUGCUAUGCAAAAACAACGAAAAAGAAUGUAAAAAUGUAUCUAAUGUA